GGGAAACGAUGACUUCUCCCAUACUACAGUUUUCUUUUACCAAUAUCUACGAGUAUGGCUGACUUUAACACUCUGGCUACUCAAUUUACUCAGUUUUAUUAUGAAACCUUCGACACCGAUCGUUCUCAACUCUCAACUUUAUACCGUGAUGAGUCCAUGUUGAGCUUUGAGGGCGCUCAACUCCUAGGUGCUAAGAAUAUUGUUGAAAAGCUUGUGAGCCUUCCUUUCCAACGUGUUCAACACCGUAUCUCUACUUUGGAUGCACAACCCUCUGGUGCUAACGGCUCUGUUGUUGUUAUGGUUACUGGUGAACUCUUGUUGGAUGAGGAACAAAUUGCACAACGCUACAGCCAAGUUUUCCACCUUGUUAACAACGCCGGUAAUUACUUUGUUUUGAACGACCUUUUCCGUCUCAAUUAUGGUUAGAUAGAGAAAUUUAAGUUGGCUUUUUAUAAACAUUUUUAAUCAUUUUCGGGUCAUGAAUUUAUCUUUUCCUUUAAAUAAGAAAAGCUUCAGUGAAUUUUCAAAGACAAGAG